AUGUUUUCCCAACCGCCAGGUAACACUUAAUAGAGAAUUUUACUCUUCUUGCUUUCUAGGUCCUCCACAAUUCCCUCAACAGCCUGGCUUUCCACCAAGUCAGCCCCAAUAUCCAGUUCCAACAAGUCAACCACAGCCCCCGAAUGGUAUUGCUUGUAUUAUUCGUUGAGAUCUAGGGUUGUUAAUUUGACGGAUUUUUUCAAUCUGACGUCAAAUUGGCGUCGAUUUCGUUAUUUUGAUCAAAUUGAAAAUCCUGAAAGACGAGGGUGUUUUGAUAAUUAAUAAUUCGUUUCCGAAAAUUUAUAAAACUACAAAAAAUUUAAAAAAAUUUAUGACAAAAAUUAAGCCGGUUUGACAGUGACUGACGCGUCAAAUUGACAGCUAUUAAGUUUACUUUAAAGGAUUUUGAUUAUUUUCUCGUUUUAAGGAUAUUUCCCACAGAACCCUGGACCACCUCAGAACUUUGGCCCUCCAUCGAUGUCUGGACCUCUGGGUUUCCCCUCUGGUCCAAGCGGUGGCCCUGGAAUUGCACCCGGUCCUCCAGGAAUGCCGCCAAUGGGUGUUAUGCCCCCUGGCCCACCUGGAAUGAGACCACCUUCUGGAAUGCCAGGAAUUCCCGGUCCUGCUGGUAUGCCUCCUGGCCCACCUGUAAUGGGACUUUCUUCUUCUGGAACGCCAGGAGCUGCCGGUCUUGCAGGUGUGCCUCCUGGCCCACCUGGAAUGGGGCUUCCUACUGGAAUGCCAGGAAUUCCAGGCCCUGCUGGCAUGCCCCCAGGCCCACCGGGAAUGCAACGGCCACAACAGAGAUUGGAUCCGAAUGCAAUGCCAUCAAUCGUUCAGGUUGUACAAGACGAUCGAGCGUUAUAUUCGGACACAGCUUUCCAAACGGGUUUCACGGAAGCUGCUCUCCCUCCCCUGGUAACUACAGAGUUUACUGCUUAUGAUACGGGUACGUGUUAAAUUACUACUUACGCAUUCUGAUUUUAGGUAAUGCUAAUCCUAAGUUUAUCAGAUCAUCGGUAUACACUAUGCCUGUCUCUAACGAUAUGAUCAAGAGCUACCAACUUCCCAUUACACUUUCUCUGACGCCCUUCGCUGAAUUGAACCCUAAUGAGGUAUGAUAAAACGAACGUUAACUUAUCCGCUGGUUUAGCUCCAACCACCAAUUGUUGAUUUGGGUGAAUUGGGACCAAUCAGAUGUCAAAGAUGCAAGGCGUAUAUCUCCUCAUUCAUGGAGUUUAUCGAUGGCGGUCGGCGAUUCCGUUGUCCUUUCUGUCACGCCACUACUCCCGUGGAAGACGCUUACUUUGCUCAUCUGGAUCAUACUGGAAAAAGGACUGAUGUCCAGCAACGCCCAGAACUGAUGUAUGGGUCAUACGAAUUCGUUGCGACGAAAGCUUACUGCAGUAACAACUUACUGCCACUGGAACCAGCUUUUGUUUUCUUGCUUGAUGUUUCAUAUAACAGCGUCAGAUCGGGUCUUUUGGAAACCUUUUGCUCAAAUAUUCUCGACAUCUUGAAAUAUCUACCGAAGUAAGUGGAAUUGUCAUAUUUAUUAGCUUUUUUUUAGAGACAUAAAUGCGGAAAAGCCUACGAUUAAAAUUGCUCUGGCCACUUACGAUCAGCAGAUCCACUUCUACGAUCUUUCUUCUUCUAAUCAAACUCAUAUGUGUGUGGUAUCGGAUAUCGAGGAUGUAUUUGUGCCGUUUGUGGAAGGCUUCUUUGUUGAUUAUGAAACUGCUGCAGCAAAUCUUGAGAGAUGCCUGAGGGAUAUUCGUCAGACUUUCUCUGAUACGAGAGUGACUGAGACAAUUUUGGGACCAGCUAUAAAGAUUGGACUGGAAUCUUUGAAAGCCGCUAGAAGGAGUGGAAAACUUUUUGUUUUCCACACUAAUCUCCCCACAGUUGAAGCUCCGGGCAAACUAAAGAAUCGUGAAGAUCGAAAGCUUUUGGGAACUGACAAAGAAAAGGUACGUUAAAUGUUAUCUAACAGUUAUGUUUUGAUUUUUAGCAAGUAUUGUCCCCUGGAACAGAAUAUUAUGGAAGGUUAGGUGAAGAAUGUGUCAAGCACGGAGUCGGGGUCGAUCUCUUUUUCUUCCCCAAUGCGCACAUUGACUUGGCCUCGAUUGCGCCAGUUGCCACUAUAACCGGGGGGUCAAUAUACAAGUAUCAAUAUUUUGACGUAAGUUUUUAUGAUUGCGAUGGAUACUAAUUUUUAGGCCCAUCGAGAUGGAAAACGCUUUCUGUCGGAUCUCAAACGGGAUGUUUCUCGAGUUAUCGCUUUCGACGUGAUGAUGAGGGUCAGAACGUCUACGGGAAUUCGGCCGACAGGAUUCUUCGGGUCUUUCUUCAUGCAAAAUGUGACGGCCAUUGAAAUGGGAACCCUAGAUGCCGAUAAAUCACUUCAAGUGGAGAUAAAAUACGAUGACAAAUUAAAUGAGAAUGAUCGAGCUUACAUCCAAGUUGCUACUCUUUUCACUAGUCCAAAUGGCCAACGACGACUCCGUGUCCAGAAUCUGACAUUAAAGGUGGUCUCUGAUCAUGCUGAGCUCUUCAGGAAUGUAGAUUACACAGCUGUGGUCACUCAUAUGUUUAAACUUUGUAUGUUUAAUUUCGUUAUAAUAAGUUCUGUUUAAGGUGAAAAGAUUGUCCGAGAACAAAGUCCCAAAGAUAUGCGUGACGAAUUGAUUAAUGCAUCUGCCAAGAUACUGGCCGGAUAUCGAGAGAAGUGCUCUGAUGGAGCUCCAAUUGGUCAACUCAUCUUGCCCGAAGCUCUGAAACUAUUGCCAUUAUUUGCAUGUUGUAUAUCAAAGAGUGACGCCCUGGUUGCGGGUGGUGAGAUUACAGUCGAUGACAGGGCCUGGAUGAUGAAUCUGGCCAGAUCUAUGAGGCCAGACGACGUCAUUAGAUAUCUUUAUCCUUCGGUUUAUCCCUUAACUCAAGUGAAUGUGGAGAGUAUACGAGAAUCAUUGCCAGUUUCGGUCAGAGCCAGUUUCCAAUAUUUCCAACAAGAGGAAGCAUAUCUGGUUGACAACGGAAUGAUUGCUUUCAUUUGGAUUGGACCUCAAGUCAAUAAGGAUUGGCUCCAAAAUGUGUUUGGAGUGCAUGCAAUUGAGAAUCUGGAUUCAGAAAAGGUAAACGGGAUGGGAUGUUUUAAUUUUAAUAUUGAUUUUUUUAGUCCGACGUUCCAUUGCGUGAUAAUCCGGAUUCCCAAGCUCUGCACGCUCUUCUUGAACGUCUUAAUCACCAACGUCCGCGAGUGCUGAAAGUGGUGCUAGUCAAGGCUGGAGACGGAUUGGAAUCGUGGAUGAAGAAGUUCCUGGUCGAAGAUAGAUAUGGCCAGAACAGUGUGAGCUACGUGGACUAUCUUUGUGAUGUGCAUCGAGUCAUUAGACAAUUGAUUUCGUAG